AUGCCUACCCUGAUUCAUCCCAAACCCAAUUCAUUUUCAAACCCCAAAAUUUCUCGACAUCUUCCUUCUUCUCUCUCUCUCUUUGCCACCGACAAUACCCACCCACCCUCACUCUGUACCCUCUCUUCUAACGUCGCUAUAUAUGGCGAUCCUGCUCUGCCACGUGCAACGGCACAGCAAGGCACCGCUGCUGCUGCCAGCAGUGGCGCCUGGCUUUUCCGCCGUCGCUACUGCGGUGGGGCUUGCAAAAAUACAAGCGAACCAGGUGGUGGUGCUUGCAACAGCGGUAAUCAACUCUCAGAGGCCGUCGAACAAUCUGGUGGUGAUUUCAGGCUGCGUUGUUCAAUCGAUACAGAUAUAGAGGACAUGGAAGAUAGUGGAGCUGUCAAAUUAGACAUGGGUGACGGUGACAAUGACGAUCGCUACAUGCGUAAUCUACAUCACCGUUGUGCAGCGCGCCUUGCAGCGCGCAUAGGUGAUACCAUUGAGAAGAUUAAGAAAGCCGUAGAUGAAGGCAAUUACUUUGUGGCUCAACAGAUGUACAAAUCUUUUAGUGCUAGAUAUACUGCAGCCGGGAGGUAUUUGGACGCCUUGAAUAUUCUGCAAUCCGGUGCUUGCUUGCAAUUAGUUAGGCUCCUUAGCAGAGCUUCAAAGACAUUAUGA